GCGGCGGCGGCGGCGGCGGCAGCGGCGGCGGCGGCGGCGGCGGCUCAGCCUGCGGCGGCCGCUGCUAGGACGCCAGCUGCAGCGGGGGAGGCGCAGCCGGGGCGCCGGGAACAGGUGAUCCCCGCGGGAACCCGGAGCCCUGGCGAGUUGACGGGGCGGGACGCAGCUGCAGCCGCCUCGCCGCGGCUCGUCGUGGACCGCGCGGGGCUCGGGACCCGGGCUCGAGGAUUCCCCUCGGCUCCCGGGGGGUCCCCUCGGAGGAAGACCCCCACCCACCCCUGCUGCCCCGCGCAGGCUCACGAGUGCCUGCCGCGGGCUCCCCGGCCUCUCCGCGCUCCGCUCGGCGGCGAAGCAAAGUUGUGGACGUGUCCUGGGGGCCGAGCCCGGGCGCUGUCGCGACCCGGCGGGGGUCAGCGCGCUCUCCGAGAGGAGCGGACACGCCAGCCCCGCCGCCGCCUCGCCCCCCCCGAGCCAGCCUUCUCCGGCAGCUGCUCCCGCGGCGGAAACUUUGGGCCGGGGGCGCCGAGGCCUGCGGCCCCUCGGCGCCCACCGGCAUGUGAGAGCCCGGCGGCCGCCGCAGCGCGGGAAGGCGCGGGGCCCGCGGGCGCCGGCCGGAGCCAGGGCUGCAGCGCGCGGCCGGGGCUUGCGGGCCCGGGCCCUGAGCGGUUCUGCCCGACCCGCCCGGGCCCCGCGGGGGCCGUUGCGCUCCAACCCGGGCGCGGGAGGACUCGCUGCAAACUCCCUGAACUUCAGGGACAGGCCCCCAAGCGGCGAAACUCUCAGGGACCCCCCUCCCCGCCAGCGGCGCCCCUCGACGCCCUCCCUUGGCCCCGGCCCCGGCUGACAAGUGCCCGAGCGCACUGGCCCGCACCGGAUAGCCGGCCACGAUGCUCAUGAGGAAGGUGCCGGGCUUCGUGCCGGCCUCCCCGUGGGGGCUGCGGCUGCCGCAGAAGUUCCUUUUCCUGCUCUUCCUCUCGGGCCUCGUCACCCUGUGCUUCGGGGCCCUCUUCCUCCUGCCGAACUCCUCUCGCCUCAAGCGCCUCUUCCUGGCCUCCCGGACCCAGCAGCCCGCCCUGGAGGUGGUGGCCGAAGUCUCCGGCCACCCCCUGGCCCGCGCGCAGGAGUCGCCCCCCAACCCAGCGCCCGCUGUCCCGGCCCCAGGCGAGGGGGAGCCCCGCAGCCAAGUCGGUGGCCGGCGCAGGAAAGGGUGGCUGCGACGCACCACGCUGCCCACCCGGGCCCGGGAAGAGGCCACGGCGGCGCGGAGCAGCGGCCUCACGGCGCCCAGAGCCCAGGAGCAGAGCGUCCCGUUUAGCUUUGAUUUCAACGCGUUCCGGGGCCGUCUCCGCCACCCGGUCCUGGGGACCAAGGCCGACAAGAGCCAGGAGUCCCAGAGCCUAGUUAGAAGCCAGCGGGAGAAGAUCAAGGAGAUGAUGCAGUUCGCCUGGCAGAACUACAAGCGCUAUGCAAUGGGGAAAAACGAGCUCCGGCCACUCACGAAGGACGGCUACGAGGGCAGCAUGUUCGGAGGCCUCAACGGGGCCACAGUCAUCGACUCCCUGGACACCCUGUACCUUAUGGAGCUGAAAGAGGAAUUCCAGGAGGCCAAGGCCUGGGUUGAGGAGAGCUUCCACCUGAACGUGAGUGGAGAAGCCUCUUUGUUCGAGGUGAACAUCCGGUACGUCGGGGGACUCCUCUCAGCCUUCUAUCUGACAGGAGAAGAGGUGUUUCGGGUGAAGGCCAUCAAGCUCGGAGAGAAGCUCCUGCCGGCCUUCAACACCCCCACGGGCAUCCCCAAGGGUGUGGUGAACUUCAAAAGCGGCUCCAACAGGAGCUGGGGCUGGGCCAUGCUGGGGAGCAGCAGCAUCCUGGCGGAAUUCGGGUCCCUCCACUUGGAGUUCCUACACCUCACCGAGCUCUCUGGCAACCCCGUCUUCGCUGAAAAGGUCAGGAACAUCCGGAAGGUCCUUAAGAAGAUCGACAAGCCCUUCGGCCUCUACCCCAACUUCCUCAGCCCAGUGAGCGGAAACUGGAUGCAGCACCACGUCUCGGUUGGAGGACUCGGGGACAGUUUUUAUGAAUAUUUGAUCAAAUCCUGGUUGAUGUCGGCCAAGACAGAUACAGAGGCUAAAGAUAUGUACUACGAAGCCUUGGAGGCGAUAGAAACCCACUUGCUGAAUGUCUCUCCCGGGGGGCUGACCUACAUUGCUGAGUGGCGAGGGGGGAUUCUGGACCACAAGAUGGGGCACCUGGCCUGUUUCUCCGGGGGCAUGAUCGCCCUCGGCGCUGACGAUGCCAAGGAAGAAAAGAGGGCCCACUACCGAGAACUCGCAGCCCAGAUCACCAAGACGUGCCACGAGUCGUACGUGCGCUCAGAUACCAAACUCGGACCCGAGGCUUUCUGGUUUAACUCUGGCAGGGAGGCGGUAGCCACGCAGCUGAGUGAGAGUUACUACAUCCUGCGACCAGAGGUGGUGGAGAGCUACAUGUACCUGUGGCGGCAGACCCAUGACCCCAUCUACAGGGAGUGGGGCUGGGAAGUGGUGAUGGCCUUGGAGAAGCACUGUAGAACGGACGCCGGCUACUCAGGCAUCCAGGAUGUGUACAGCAGCAUCCCCAACCAUGACAACAAGCAGCAGACCUUCUUCCUGGCAGAGACGCUAAAGUACCUCUAUCUUCUGUUCUCUGAAGAUGACGUGCUCUCCCUGGAGGACUGGGUCUUCAACACAGAGGCACACCCGCUCCCCGUGAGCCACAUGGACAGUGCCAGCAGGCCAGGGACCCGGCUCUGACAGGCUCCUGCUGCCCGGCCGCUUCAGGAUUCGGGGCUGUUCUCAAAGGGAUUGAGAACGCCACCCCCUCCCAGGCAGACCCUGGGCAGAUGUGUUGGACAAGCAACUUCUUUUCCUCUGUGAGGAGAUAGGACUUGGAGACGCAGUGAUGUCACACCAGGCCCAGACCUUCCUUUCUACGGAAAAUUUCUAUGAAACUCAAUUGUCAUUCCAGGGCCAAAGGACCGGAGGUUUGCAUACGACCCUGAGUAUUUUAUUUCCUUCAUUUUAUUUUUUUGGGGAUGGGGUUUUCUUGGUUUGGUUUUUGGUUUUGUUGUUGUUGUUGUUGUUGGUUUUCUUUCUUUUUUGCUUGAUUUUGCCUUUUCUCUGCAGUUGUGUUUUAUUACACAUUAUAGUUUUCAGUAUCAUGUGCUUCCAAAAUGGUGUCAUCAUGAUAAACUAAAUCUUAAGGUGUAUACAUAUACAGAACCCCUGGCCCCGUCUUCUAUAUUUUAAAUACCUUUUACCCAGCAUUUACUCUAUGUUCAACUCUAUCAUUUACCUUAUAAUUUGAAGAGAAGUACCCCUUUGAUUUGGGCUUACGUGUUAAGAGCUAGUGCUAUUUUCAUUAUUGUAAUGGAAAAAUCUGUAAACUUACAAUAAAAGAAUUUAUUGAAUAAGAAA